UAUGUUUAUAUUCUUGUGUCAAAAGGAACGCAACAUUUCGCGUUGUUUCUUCCCGCUUGGAGCAAAAAUCUAAAUAGCAUACUUUUGGAUUGGUAUAAGCAAUUGAGCAGUGUUUAAAACAAUACAACAUGAAACUAGUGCGCUUUUUGAUGAAACUCAGCCAUGAAACGGUAACCAUUGAGUUGAAAAAUGGAACACAAGUGCAUGGCACUAUAACAGGUGUGGACGUUGCUAUGAACACUCAUUUGAAGGCAGUGAAGAUGACGAUUAAAAACCGGGACCCGGUUACACUGGAUUCGUUAAGCAUCCGCGGGAACAAUAUCCGAUAUUACAUUCUGCCGGACAGUUUACCAUUGGAGACACUACUUAUUGAUGACGCUCCAAAGACACGCGCCAAGAAGCGUGAAGCGAACCGCGGAGGCCCACGAGGACGAGGCAGAGGAACUCGUGGAGGCCGCGGUGGUCCGCGCGGAGGCCGUGGCGGUGGACGCGGACGUGGACGGCGUUAAAUGCGAUGACCGCGGUGCCGAUCGUAACCUCCUCAACAUCUAGCCAUAAGCAAAAGUUUCAUUUACUUUAGGAAUUUGAGGCAUUUCCAGUGGACACUAAGAAUGCAGCGGAAAUACACUUGUAAAAAUGA